UAAAAGUGGAAUAAAAAACAACUAUUUUGUAAAUUAGAGGGAGUUGGCCCUUCUUCUUCUUGACAGAAAGGACGACUCUGAUCACAGUUCUUGUGUUUGUUUCUCAACAAUGGCUAGGAAACCAGUGAAGUAUUUCGUGGUGGAUGCAUUCACUGACACGGCAUUCAAGGGAAAUCCAGCGGCUAUUUGUUUAUUAGAGGAAGAAAGGGAUGAGAAAUGGCUGAAAAAUUUAGCGGCUGAGUUCAAUAUUUGCCUGACCUGUUAUUUGAUUCCCAUAAACGAAGACGAAGAAGAAGAAGAAGAAGAAGAUGAUCAUUCGAUCAGUCCGCCCAAGUUUAGCCUCAGAUGGUUCAAUCCUGAAGCUGAGAUAGAGCUUUGUGGUCAUGCAACAUUGGCAGCUGCACACGUACUUUUCUCAACUGGUUUGGUAAAUUCAAACAUCAUUGAGUUUUCCACACUUUCAGAAAUUCUAACUGCUAAAAAGUUUCCAGAUCAUGUCAAUCUUCUUGAGGUUAAUUCAAAUGUUAUUAGUAAUGGUGAAUCACAAGACAGUUACUUCAUUGAAUUGGACUUCCCAGUUUUUUCUACUGUUGAACUCGAUUCUGCUGUUGUUGUUUCUUCAAUCUCCAAAGCUUUGAAUGUUGCUUCUAUAGUUGACAUUAAGAUGUGUAACAUGAAUCCCAAUAGACUCUUGGUUGUUCUUCCAUCGGAAAAAGAUGUAGUAGAUUUUCAACCUAAUUAUGACGAGAUACGAAAGUGUCCUGGAGCUGGGUUAAUCAUAACUGGAGUAGCCCCUGCUGAGUCGAAUUUUGACUUUUAUACUCGACACUUCGCCCCCAAAUUAGGGAUCGACGAGGAUCCUGUAUGUGGUAGUGCACAUUGUGCCUUGCCAGUCUUCUGGGCCAAAAAGUUGGGCAAAUCUGAUUUUGUUGCUUAUAUGGCAUCACCUAGAAGUGGAGUAUUGCACGUCCAUCUGGAUGACCAGAAACAAAGGGUUUUGUUGCGAGGGAAAGCUAUUAUUAUGGCGGAAGGUAUUGUGUUGGUUUGAAAUUAUCUUUCAACCAUAAUUCAAUCUUCUUUCUUUUUUGUUUUUUUUAUUGUGAACCUUAAAUAAGUGUUAUUUAACAUGAGCUUAGUUCAAUUGACACUUGUAUGAACCUGUGAACAAGAGAUCUUGAGUUCAA